UCCCCUGAAACGUAUGACCUGUCUCUGGCCUUGGCGUGUAGCGCGGUGCUGCUCGUUGUCAGUGUGUGCUGGCUGUAACGUUAGGGCUCGAUCAGCGUUAACCAGCUAGUGUUCCUGACCGACAAGUAGGCUAGUAAAGCGGGGGACCGUCACAGCGGAGCUGAGCCACAAUGCUGAAAUGUAGAAGUGUAUGGAAGAAGCUUGCACCUCUUGCUAGGGCUUCAUCCAGUGUGUGCCGGCAGAAUGUGAGGAGAACAGGGUUAACCAAUGGCAGAAUACCAGCACACGUACCAGCCGCGCACAUGUCCACCGGGCCGGCAGGGGGAGGACGGGAAAACCAGCUGUACAUCCUUCUGGUUGGAGCAACCUUCCUCGGUGGUGGAGUAUAUGCGUACCGAACUGUCAAGGGAGACCAACAAAGAUAUCAGGAACGUAUUGAGGAAAUUUCAUCCAGACCACAUAGAGUAGCCAAGCAAGUUCCAGCCGCACCCAUCCAGUCAGAGCCUCCUGCUGCGGAAGCCACAGAGAAAGAGACCGUCCCUGAGCCAGAACCUGAAGCAGCACCUUCACCAGAGGAGCCAAGCCCUCCGGCCCCUGAUACCAAAGUAGCGGCCCCCAGUGAAACAACUGAACCGCCUCCAGCAGAUGAGCCAGUGCUAGAAGCACCCCCAGAAGAGGCAGCAGAACCACCUGCUGCACCUGUAGUUGAGGAGGAACCAUCACCCCCAUCUGAGCCACCCCCAGCUGAGCCAUCCCCAGUUGAGCUCAUAGAGCCUCCCCUGGCUGAGCUUGCCGAGGCUCCCCCUGCUGAGCUUACAGAGCCGUCCCCUGCACCUGUUGUGGAGAGUGAACCUACAGCAGCAGCAGAAAGCCCUGCAGCAGAGCCACCCGAGUCUCAACCUGAAGUUGUGGCAGAGAGUGGAGUGGACGUCGUACCUGCCUCUCUCAAGGUCCCCUCACACACCCCUUACCUCCUGAUUGGUGGGGGUACCGCCUCUUUUGCUGCUGCCCGGUCUAUUCGAGCCAGAGACCCCGGUGCCAAGGUAUUGAUUGUGACGGAUGAGCCAGACCUUCCAUACAUGAGACCACCCCUUUCAAAGGAACUGUGGUUCUCUGAUGAUCCCAGUGUGACAGAAACACUGCGUUUCAAACAGUGGAAUGGAAAGGAAAGAAGUAUCUACUUCCAGCCAGCAUCAUUCUACAUUCCUCCAGAAGAAUUGGAAAGUGCAGAAAAUGGGGGAGUGGCGGUUCUCACUGGCAAAAAGGUGGUUCACAUGGAUGUGAGAGGAAACAAAGUAAAACUUGACGAUGAUACUGAGAUUUCAUAUGACAAGUGUUUGAUUGCUACAGGGGGAAUGCCAAGAAAUCUGCAGGUCAUUGAAAGAGCAGGAGAGGAAGUGAUGAAGAAGACAACUUUGUUCCGCAAGAUCGAGGACUUCAAAUCAUUGGAUAAGGUCUCCAGAAACAUCAACUCCAUCACAAUCAUUGGAGGGGGCUUCUUGGGCAGCGAGCUGGCUUGUGCCCUUGGCAGGAGAUCAAACGAGUUUGGCCUGGAGGUGAUACAGAUGUAUCCUGAGAAAGGCAACAUGGGAAAAGUGUUGCCUGAGUAUCUGAGCAACUGGACAACAGAAAAAGUCAAGACAGAGGGUGUAAAAGUCAUCUCAGAAGCUUUGGUGAAAUCUGUGACCUGCAAAGAUGAUAAGUUAGAAAUCCAACUGAAGGAUGGCCGAUUGGUGAAAACUGAUCACAUUGUUGCAGCUGUUGGCCUGGAGCCCAAUGUUGACCUUGCUAAGUCAGCAGGUCUGGAGGUGGACUCUGACUUUGGUGGCUACCGGGUCAAUGCAGAGCUGCAAGCUAGAUCCAAUAUUUGGGUGGCAGGAGAUGCUGCGUGUUUCUAUGAUAUCAGACUGGGCCGCAGACGAGUGGAGCACCAUGAUCACGCCGUUGUGAGUGGGAGACUAGCAGGAGAGAACAUGACAGGAGCCAACAAACCCUACUGGCAUCAGUCUAUGUUCUGGAGUGACCUGGGGCCAGAUGUAGGCUACGAGGCAAUUGGGAUUGUUGACAGCAGCCUACCAACAGUAGGAGUGUUUGCCAAAGCCACUGCCAAGGAUACACCUAAAGCUGCUACAGAGAAGUCAGGAACUGGGAUUCGCUCGGAAAGUGAAACUGAGGACACAGCCACCAGCCCAGUGGCGUCCUCAACGCCUGCUCCCGCUAUGGUGCAGCACAAAGACGACUACGGGAAAGGAGUCAUCUUCUACCUGAGAGACAAGGUGGUGGUGGGCAUCAUCCUGUGGAACGUGUUCAACCGUAUGCCCAUUGCAAGAAAGAUAAUCAAGGAUGGAGAGGAACACGCAGAUCUGAAUGAAGUGGCCAAACUCUUCAACAUCCACGAGGAUUAAGAUGGUGGAGGCUGAGACUCAUUAUCAUGUUUAAGACUGAACUCUGACAGCUAUUUCCACACUCUUGAAGACACGACUGAUCAUACAUGAAAAACGGGAGAAUUAAUGUAAAUUACGUGAUGUUGCUGAAAUAUUUUAAUAUCUGGAAUUUCUAUCUGCCUGGUUUGUUGUUUCUUUUUUUCUAUUCAGGAGAAAUCAGUCUCAUCUUCCGCCAAACUUGUCAUGUUUCUUGAAAUCGUGGUCAAGAUGUGAUUGUUUGUCUGCUUUUCCCCCACCAGGCUGAAAAUGUCGAGCAUGGAUUAUUGUUUUCCUCUGUGUGAUCAGAGCAGCUUGUCGUGAGAAAAGCUGCAAUAAAAGCUAUUUUUAAAUUGGA